AUGAGAUGGUUUCGUUUUCCCUGGUUGAGGAGAGAGACCGCACAGACUGAGACCAGCCCACUCAUACCAAAGACAGACACAGAUAGAGAGUUGUCAGGAGUCCUUCAGGGGAGUGAGGACAGCAGCACAGAAGAACAGGCUCCAGAACCAGGACCUAAUGAUGGACCAGAGAACCAGGGUAGAACCAGGGAGGUAGAACCCAGAGCCCAUAGCAGGCCCUUCUCCCUGAGCGACUGCCUUCUCAAGUACCUCCUGUUCUUCAGCAACCUCCUCUUCACGGUGCUAGGCCUGUUGGUCCUGGCCCUGGGUCUGUGGGGCCUCAUCAACAAGGAAUCCUUCGCUCAGGAGAAAAUAGGACAGAUCAGCACCGACCCCAUGCUGGUGUUUGUGAUGCUGGGCUUGGUGCUGUCCACCCUCUGCCUGUCAGGCUGUGUGGGGGCUCUGAGAGAGAACUGCUGCCUGCUCCAGGUCUUCUCAGCCACGGUGAUGGUCCUAGUAGUAGCCUAG